GAUGUCUGGAGGGAGAGAGGGAGAGAUGACAAGAGGGAGAGCAGCAGCUGUCUUAGUUAACUUUAGGACCGUGGCUGCAUCCUGCUAUGGACGAGAAGUGGAGAGAAGGGAUGACGACAGAGUCUGCCCUGCCGCUUAAUAAGGCCUGGGAACUUGGAUGCUGGAUUUCCUUAACGGAUUCAAAGCAGCACUCUCCCUCCACCCCCUCCCCAAUCCCUUGCAGCUCUAAAAAUAGCUGUUCCCGGGCGCUGGGGAGAGGCUCCGCCUCUGCUGUGGGUGGUUGGGUUGGGGGGUGGGGGUGGGGGUGGGGAGCACUGCAGACCCCAGUCCUGAGCUACUGGCGAGGAGAGAGGCGCAGAGUCCGCGCGGCUGGCAGCAUCGUGCGGCUGCAUUGCAGGAGAUGGAGUGAGUCUGGACUUGCGGACGUGAAGCCAGCUUUGUAACCAAGAGACAUCGAGGAUUUACGCCCUCUAGCACUGACCCUGUCAUGAUUUGCUGUGAACCCCGGCAGCCCUUCCAUUCUGCUCGAGAAAUCUCAGGUCCUCUUUCAGCUCCUUGGCCAGUGGCCUUGGUGGCAUUCUACUCCCGUGGUCAGCCCAGAGCCUCUCCUGCCCAUGCAGUACUCAGUAGCCACUGCUGACGGCCUUAGCGGCCCGCCGUCCGGGGCCUACACACUUCCCACCUUCAAGUUCCAGCCUCGCCGUGAGAGCAUAGACUGGAGGCGCAUCAGUGCUGUGGACGUGGACCGUGUGGCCCGGGAGCUGGACGUGGCCACUCUGCAGGAGAACAUUGCUGGCGUCACCUUCUGUAACUUGGACCGAGAGGUGUGCAACCACUGUAGGCAGCCUGUGGACCCAGUUCUGCUCAAGGUGCUGCGCUUGGCGCAGCUCAUCAUCGAGUACCUGCUGCACUGCCAGGACUGCCUGAGUGCCAGUGUGGCCCAGCUGGAAGCACGGCUGCAGGCCAGCCUGGGCCAGCAGCAGCGUGGCCAGCAGGAGCUGGGUCGCCAGGCUGAUGAGCUCAAGGGUGUUCGGGAGGAGAGCCGGCGCAGGCGAAAGAUGAUCAGUACCCUGCAGCAGCUGCUUCUGCAGACAGGCGCCCACAGCUACCACACGUGCCAUUUGUGUGACAAGACGUUCAUGAAUGCCACCUUUCUCCGGGGCCACAUCCAGCGCAGGCAUGCAGGCAUGGCGGAAGUCGGGAAGCAGAAGCAGGAACAGCAGCUGGGGGAGGUGCUGGAGGAGCUUCGGGCCAAGCUCAAGUGGACCCAAGGGGAGCUGGAAGCCCAGAGGGAGGCUGAGCGGCAGCGGCAGGCCCAGGAAUUAGAGAUGAUUCGUCAGAGGGAAAUAGAAGCUAAAAAGAAGUUCGAUGAAUGGAAAGAAAAAGAACGGAGCAAGCUUUAUGGGGAAAUAGACAAGCUGAAACAGCUCUUUUGGGAUGAAUUUAAAACUGUUGCCAACCAGAACUCUACAUUAGAAGAGAAGCUGAAGGUGCUGCAGUCCUACAGUAUGACUGAGUCUCACCUCGGGUCUCUGCGGGAUGAAGAGUCAGAGGAGAGACUCAAGCAUGCCCAGGAGCUCCAGGCCCUUCGAGAAAAGAUGGACAUUCAGAAAACUGAGUGGAAGAGAAAAAUGAAGGCCCUGCAUGAAGAGCGGGCAGCUGAGAGGAGACAGCUGCAGGAGGAGAACGAGAGGCUUCAUGUCACGCUGUCUCAGGAUCAGAAGAAAGCGGCAGCCCAGUCCCAGCGCCACAUCAAUGCCCUUCGUGCCCAGCUGCAGGAACAAGCCAGGCUUAUUGAGUCACAGGAGGAGACGAUCCAGACUUUGUCCUUCAGGAGGAUGGAGGAAGUCCAAGAGGUGCCAAAGGCUGUGGUCACAGAGGAGGACUCUUCUGAGGAAGAGCUGGAGGCCUCCCUCGAGGAGCAGCAGGAGCAAAGGAAGGUGUUAGCAGCUCUCAGGAACAACCCUGCUUGGCUGAAGCAGUUCCGGCCCAUCCUGGAGGACACCCUGGAAGAGAAGCUGGAGGGCAUGGGGAUAAAGAGGGGCACAAAGGGAAUUUCAGCCCAGACUGUCCGACGCCUGGAGCCCCUGCUGAGAACACAAAGGGAGCAGACAGCCCGAAGCUUCCGAGAAUUUCUCAGUCUGAGGGAAAAACUCAACCAGGAAGUGAGCAGCAGGGCGAAGAAGAGAUGGGAGGGUACGGCUGUGGUGCCCCAGCCAGAUGGCCAGCCUCCAGUCAAAAGCCAGCGGACCACACUGGCCACAAGGGAGGUCCGGCCAAAGACCAGGACCCUGACUGUGGCACUGCCAUCCAAGCCGGCAGAGCCUUCUACAUCAACCCCUCGAGGCCACAGCAGCCAUGGCCCCGGCCUCACCCAGGUGUCCACCCCCAUUCCACGCCCCAGAGUGCAUGGACCCUCCAGUACCCCCGUUUCCCCUGGGCCCGGGCUGAGCAGCACCCCACCUUUCAGUUCUGAAGAAGAGCCAGAGGGAGACGUCGUACAACGUGUGUCUCUUCAGCCUCCUAAAGUUCUCCCUAGGUCAGCACCCCAGCCUGAGGACAACUGGGGCUGGUCUGAUUCUGAGACCUCAGAGGAGAGUGCCCAAUCCCCUGGGAAGGGCUCAGAUGGGCUGGCUUCCUCAGCAACACUGGUACAGUCGAUGGUCAAAAACCUGGAGAAACAGCUUGAAACCCCAGCAAAGAAGCCUUCUGGAGGGGUCAAUAUGUUCUUAAGACCCAACACUGCCCUUCAGAGGUCUUCUACACCAGCAAGGAAGACUCAGCUUUCAGAAGAUGAAAGUGACUUGGAGAUCUCGUCUUUGGAAGAUCUCUCCCAUGACCUGGGCCCAAAAGGAAAGCCAACACCUUUGUCCCACUCGAAGCUCCCAGAAAAGUUUGAUGCCAGCCCUUGGAGCUCUGGGUCACGACCCAGGAUUCCUGGCUGGUGAUUCUGCCAGAGGGCUUAGCCUUGUUUCUUGGCUGGUCUUCCCCAAAUGGAAGAAACUGUCAGGCCUCCCACUCUCACUAGCAGCCAAGAAGUCUUUCCCUUGAAGACAAACAGAGCAGGAGACAGAUGGGACCUCUAUCCAUUCCCUGACGGUCACCCCAAAAGGCUGCGUCCUGAUGCUGUGUCUUGUUUAAACGUGAGGAUUAUAACAGGACUUCCAAGUGUUUCUUCCAUGAUCCCAGCCCAGACUGAAAGUAGUUAUUGUUUCUAAGUUUUUGUCAUCUGCAGGUCACUGUGGCGUUGGGUCCUGAGUUAGGUAGUCUAUGGUGGACUCUCUAGCUUUUCACUACAGAGUUGGGGUGCAGACAGAGGUAGGAGGUGCAAAGUGCCUGCUGCCAGGGCUAGGCAUAGUAAUCAAAUGCUAGGCAUCAGAGUGUUAUGGGCUGCCAGGGCCAGGCAUAGUAAUCGAGUGCUAUGCAUCAGAGUGUUAUACGGGCAUGGGAGAGGCUGGCUGCCCUACUUUCGUUUCUGUUGCUGUGAUAAACACUCUAACCAAAAGCACCUUAGAGACUUUGUUGAUCUAUGACUGUGAGAGGUGAAGGCUGGAAUGUUAAGGUAGGUUUGCACACAGCACUACCUCUGACCAAGGAAUUCACUCUAUAGCCAAAGAAACACUAGGAACCAUAGAGGAUACUGCUUGCUGGCUGCAGCUGUACGUACUCAGCUAGCUUUUUUAUACAGCUCAGCACCGCCUGCCUAGGGAUGGUACUGCCCACAGUAGGCUGGGUUCUUCUGUGUGUGUGAACAAUCUAGACAAUCCCUCACAGACAUUGCCCUCAAAGCACUUCCUCUAUGGAGGCUCUCAGCUGUGGUGAAGGGAUAUGCAAAACUAACCAGGACACCAUUCCACCCUGCCCCGGAUGACCCAUAGAACCACAAAUUUAAUUUUUGAGAUCAUUUCUGACUGAGUUUUUUAUAUAUUGACUGUAUUUUUGGUUGGAGAGGGUUUGGGUUUUGAGACAGGGUUUCUCUGUGUAGCCCUGGCUGUCCUGGAACUCUUUCUACAGACCAGGCCGCCCUUGAACUCAGAGAUCUGCCUGCUUCUGCCUCCUGAGCGCUGAGAUUAAAGGUGUGCAUGGUGUCUUGUGCCUUAGAUUGAAUUUUUUUUAGUGUGAAAAUAUUUAUUUAUUAUAGUGAACAUUUAAAUAUAAUGAUGUAUACACCUC